UGUUGCGUUAUGCAAACACCAGGAGCUCCUGCGACAUUAAACAUUGAACAGCGCAGGUUUGCAGUCUGGUUUAACCCCAGUGUGGCAGCUGCAUGAGUAAGUCUCAAAUCAAAUCCUCCGUGUUGUGUUGUACAAUAAGAAUCGUUAUUUUUUUAAAGGGCAAAACAUGAAAACGAGACAGAAGAAGUCCGCAGAGGCACUUGAAUCAAAGGCUAAACUCAGAAAAAGAACCGGGGAAAGUUCUUCUCCAACUCUCUCCAAAAAACUCCCAGACAGAAAAGAUGGAGAAACAUCCAAAAAAGCAGGACCUCCCGUUAAGUCCGCAGCAGCUCAGAAGAGAAGAGGGUACAGGAGCAUCCUGCACUACAUCUACAGGAGCACUCUGGGUCAAAGUCUCCACUCCCAGAUGAGACAGUGUCUGCAGGAACCUUUCGUUCGCUCGCUGUCGUCCUAUCAUUUCCAUGGCGCUACCAGCCCCUUCAACCGGAGAAUCACCUGUCUGGAGUGGCACCCUACCCAUCCCACCACCCUGGCUAUGGGCUCCAAGGGGGGUGACAUCUAUCUGUGGGAUUUUAAGGCACCUGCGAAAAAAGUAUUUCUCCAAGGGAACGGAGCAGGUGACUUUAUCGGAGGGAUGAAAUUUUGCCCAAUGGACCUUUCCCAAGUCUACGUGGCUUCUGGUGAGGGCACGUUGACCGUGCAGAGCUUUGAGGGCCGCACGCCCACCGUCCUGUCCAGAACUCAAGACUGUGGCCACGAUCACCACAACCUUUGUUGCUGGUACUGCUGUGUGGACGUGUCUGUGAGUCGACAGAUGCUUGUGACAGGAGACAACCUGGGGCAUCUUAUCCUCCUGGGUUUGGAUGGCCAGAAGAUUUUCAGUGACAAGUUGCACAAAGCGAAAGUGACCCAUGCCGAGUUCAACUCCUGCUGUGAUUGGUUGUUGGCAACGGCCUCAGUUGACCACACAGUGAAACUUUGGGACCUGAGGAACAUCAAGGACAAGAAGAGCUUCCUCCACGAGAUGCCUCAUGAGAAAGCUGUGAACUCGGCCUAUUUCAACCCGCUGGACUGCUCCAAGUUGCUCACCACGGAUCAGUAUGACCAGAUCCGGGUCUACUCCUCUCCCGAUUGGUCGAAACCUCAACAUAUCAUCCAACAUCCACACAGACAGUUCCAGCAUCUCACACCCAUCAAGGCCUCAUGGCACCCUGUCUAUGACCUCAUCGUGGCGGGCCGCUACCCGGAUGAGCGGGUUUGCGCUGGAGAGCAAAGGACCAUCGACGUCUUUGAUGCCAACACCGCUGAGCUUGUGUGUCAGCUGCAAGAUCCCAGCGCUACAGGAAUCAAAUCUAUCAACAAAUUUAAUGCAUUGGGUGACGUGAUUGGAUCUGGAAUGGGUGUGACGGUGCUGGUGUGGGAUCGAGACAAGUCAGUGACCGGUGAUCAGCCCGAAGCGCAGGAGGAAACCUCCACCUCAGUGGGCGGUUUAGGAGGCCGGCAGAGGCGCUCCAGCAGGGACAGGAGAGCUCCUGCUGUGGAUGCAAAGCUCAAGAAGAAACUGGCUACUCUGGAAGAAUUGGAGACCAAGACUGAGUUUACCAAACCAAAACAAACACGGACGAGGAAAAAAUAAACCGUGGUUCUUAAAAGUCUGUGUGCAAAGUUGUUUCUACUGUAAUAUA